AUGUCGCUGGUGAGAAAGAGGCUAAGCGGAAGUAGAAAGCGCCGUCUACUCGUUUUCACCUCGAACAACAUGACUUCGUUGUUGGAGUCUUAUCAACAGCAAUAUUCCACAUUAACUGCUGAUAUAACUCAUCUCAUUGGAAAAAUAACUCUAUCACAUGGAGUUGAGAAACAAGGCCAUGUACGUCAAGUGGAGAAGCUGUUCGAGGAGGCCUCGGAAUUGCUGGAACAGAUGGACCUGGAGGUGAAGGAACAACCAGGCAAGGACAGGCAAAAGUAUCAAACGCGAGUACGAAGCUACAAAACAGAACUUUCAAAACUUCAAACAGAUGUGAGACGUGCUAAACUGGGACUUGACAGUAAAGAUGACUGCAUGCUUGAUGAUCAUCAUGAUGCUGAGGAUCAGCGUACUCGGUUGCUGGAGAAUACAGAACGGUUGGAAAGAUCUGGACGGAAACUGGAUCAUGGAUAUCACACUGCUGUGGAAACAGAACAAAUUGGAUCUGCCAUUCUAGAAAAUCUUCAUUCACAGCGCCAGACUAUAAACAGAUCAAGAGCUAGGGUUGAUGAGAUGAACACAGCUCUUGGGAAGAGUUCACGUUUGUUGACUGGUAUGAUGAAGAGGAUCAUCCACAACCGUAUUAUGCUUGUUGUUAUUGGACUAAUUAUGGUAAUCAGCAUCUGUGUAGCACUAUACCUAAUUGUGCGACGGUCUUCUUGAGAAACCUCUUGACAUACCAUUCUCUACAACAACCGCUCUUUCUUCAUCAAUAUUCUAUGAGAAUCUGCCUGCAUUAUAUAUUUAUAUACACACAUUCUCCAAAAUAUAUAUAUAUAUAUAUAUAUACAUGUAUAUAUAUAGUUUGUGUAUGUGAUCUACAUGCUGUUACAGCAUCGUCUCGAAUUCCUCAUCUGCUGAACCUCUGACAUCUGACCUUUCCUUAGAGCCCCUCACCUCUUAUAUCUUUUUAUUCUCUUUAUAUGAAGCUGGGAAAAUCAAAGGACCAUGUACCACCCUUACAAAUGAACAGACUUUACUAUGAUUGUGUACUUCACCUGUAAUCCUCCUUCUAUCUCCCCUAUCUAAUUGAAAUACCCUUUAUUUAAUUAUUUAUUAAUUAGGAAUUUGUUUGCUUUUUAUUAAUAAAACUUAACCCUGAAUUUGUCCUUCCUGUCUGGACCUCACUGACAGCAAGAUCAGAAGUCCAAAAGCAAGCAGGACAUUUCAAACCAUCUGAUAUUGCUAUUUGAUUGUGUGCCCUAAUCCCUGUUGCUGAGGAAAACAAGGUGACGUUAAUCCCUCUCUACUCCCAACAUGACUGAAUGGAUGUUUUCAUUGUUCUAAAAGCUGAGAGUUCAAACCACUACAAUGGUUUCAAUAUAUUUCUAAGUAUGACACUUUAUUUUAUGUUGUCUUAGUUUGCCAUAACCCCUGAAUGGAUAUAUUCUAGAUUAUCUGGGGAACAUCAGCUGUGAUAGGCUGGUAUUUUUCCAGCUCAAAGAUUUAUCCUACAUCUACUGAACUUCAUGAAAUUAGAGCCAGGUACUGGUCCUUAAAUAUUUCUCUUUCCCCAGAUUUUAAGGAUUAUUUACUUAACAUAUUACUAUUCUCUUCCUUAAAAAUGAGAUGGCCAAGGGAAGAAGCCAUUGGAGUGUGCUCUUAGGUUACAAGUUGAAAUUUGCUAAAGGUGACUUGUGUUUUCUGGUCAGAACACUUUAGUUUACAUUACCAGAGUUCACCUGGCUGUCAGGAAUAUGUACCAAGAUAGAUUGGUGAUACUUAUUUGACUCUAAUCCACUAACACAGAAACUGGAAGUAUCAAUCCAGUAGCAAUAGAUUUCUGGGGUUUGUUUUUUUUUCAAACUAUUUAGUGUUAUCCCUGAGUGUGAACAACUCCCUUUGUUAAAAGGUUUAUAUUAGGAAACAUUCGCACAAUUUAGCUAAUGACUCUUAUUCGAUAUUUUCAGUGGUAGAGGGGAUGUGUUCAAAUCAAGUUACAUCAACUGUAUCAUUUGGGCCAUGAUAAAAAUCAACAGUGAAACAACUGUUAAAAAGUUGAGGAUACAGUCCUACAACAGAAGUGUUGUUGGCAGUUUAUGACAGAAAGACAUUCACUAUGGUGCAAAUAAAUAUUUUAAAAUCAGUAUUAAGCAGUAAUUCAUAAAGAUUUCAUUAAUAAAUAUUAUCAAUGUGCUUACAUCAACUUAUCUGAUACCUGAGAUACAAGUCCAAUAACUGUUCUUCAAUUAACGAUCAUAUUUUCUUUUCAAAACAUUGAAUGUAAAACUAAAGAAGUUAACUCCAUAUUUCAUGACAAUGAGUAAUGUUGAUUUAACCCUUUUGAUACAAACCUGUUUGGACCAUCCUGGUUCUAUGAUAAAAAAAAACUUCAUGUUUUAAAGUGAUCUAAAUUAAAAUUCUCCAUCAAAAUUUUGUAAAUUCAAGUUCCAAACAUCAGCUUAAUAAUGACAAAAUUAUUUUACUAAAUUCUUCAUUAUUUUCAAAAUUAAUUGAAACAAAAGCAGUGCAUUUCAACAGAUGGUAACAAAAGGGUUAAGUACAUUGCAGGAUUUUAAAAUAAAAUCUUUUAUUAAUGUUUAAUAUGAAAAAAAUAUAUGUUCCUCUGUAUUUUUUUACCCAAAUGGCACUAGAACUUCAAGCCAUACUCUACUCCCCCAAAUCUCAUUUACUUCAAUAAUUGUUAUACAAAAUUACAGUAGGUAGACAGUUAUAUUACUGGGUAACUACUAACCACAAGUUCGUGAGUUCAAACACUGUGGCAGUCAUUAUUUGCUCCCUGUUUGAAUACCAUUCAUUAACACUGCUUCAAGCUGUUUUCAGUUGAAGUGUAGUUAUCCACUAAGCUGUAAGCAAAAAUUUACAUCAAAUUUGCAAAUUUAUUGUUGUAUAAAAUGUUUUAAUUUUUAAAAAAUAAUAAAAAAAUAAAAAGAAAAACCUAUCUGACCCAUUUUUCAACAUAGAAAUAGACUGAAAAAAAGAAAAGAAAACAGUAAAUAAGAAAUAAUAUCUAUUGCCAUUUAAACAUGGCUAUUCCAUAGGAACCGAUAUUACUGCUAUUUUUAACCCUAGGAAAACACCUCCAGCUGGUUAUUCGAUGCAAUCUGUACUCAAUAUAUAUUGCAAGCAGGGAAGUGAACCCCCACCAUCUUCUCGCCACAAGACCACCAGGCCGUACAGUUUCAACCUCUUUGUGGUCAUCUUUGGUGGUGGAUACUCAUCCACUAGAGAUAGCAGUAGUUUACUCCAGCUCGCAGGAUACAGAAAUCAAGUGACACACAGUCACUGAUUUUACAAGCAAAUUAGCUUAAUUUAAAAAUCUUUAUAAAGAUAUAUAUCUGGCACAUAAUUGAGUUAAGAUGCUAAACUAGACUGCUAACAGAAAAUUUGUAGUUCUAAUUGUGCUUUACUGAGCACUGUGUGAAUGACUAACCACUGUGCUGUGGUCUCAGAUAAGAUACUGGACUUCUUUUAGUCUAUCAAGUUGAUACCAUAAAUUAUGUUCCCUACCAAAUGACCAAGUCAUUUACUCUAAGAAAAAUAUCUACUUAUAAUAAGAAUUGCAGCAAAUUCACAAAAUACUUUAUUGCCAUACUAGUAACAUGGCAGGAUGGGAUGUAAAAUAAAAGAAAGAAAAAAAAUUAGUUCCCGGCUUUCCCAGACUGGUGAGAUUGAUACAGUUGGUACCAGUAUCUAUACUUGCAUAUCAAUGUCCUCAAGAAAAAUGUGGGUGCAGAGAAAAUCUGCUGUCUAGUUCAAAGUGAAGCACAUUAAAAGCAACCAACAACCAUUGAAGGCAUAUUCCUUAAAAUAUUUAUGUAAUAUUUUUUAUUAAACUGAAGUGAAAUAGAAUAUAAAUUCAAUUGUUUUUAAAAA